AUGGCUGCGACACACACCGGCAUCACGGAGCAAGUGCUCUCCUAUCAAGCCCCGGAUCCCCCAGUCCAGGAAUUCGAACCACCCACGGACCGAGCCUUCUUCGCCGACCCGGACAAGAAGUCGCUUCUCUCGGCAGCCAGAGAACUCCGCAAGUUGACGCCCUACAUUGGCACCGAGCUCGUGGGGAUCCAGCUGAGUCAACUUACGGACAAGCAGAAGGAUGAGUUGGCCUUGUUGGUGGCCGAACGAGGCGUCGUCUUCUUCCGAGACCAGGAUCUGACGCUCGAUCAACAAUACGAGCUGAAUGCGCAUUAUGGGAUUCAAGACCGCGACCCGAACCAACAAGACCCCAAGCACGUCACCAUCCUCGGCCGCAACAGCGACAUCCGCAAAUACGGCGACUACGGCGGCGAAUACCACUGCGACCACUCCUUCGAGGCCAACCCACCCGCGUACACCAUGCUGCGGAUGAUCCGAACCCCGCAGGCGGGCGGCGACACGCUCUUCACGAGCCAGACGGCGCUGUACGACAAACUGAGCCCGGUCUUCCAGAAGAUGUUUGAUGGGCUGCACGCCAUUCACAGCUCCGAGGCGAGCUUCAUCAACUCGAUAAACAACGGGUAUCAGCCCUUCCGGGGCCCCGUGCGUCGUGAGCACCCCUUGGUCCGCGUCCACCCCGUCACGAAAGUCAAAUCGCUCUACUACAACCCGACCUUCAUCGUGCACCUGCGGGAACUCAAGGGCCAGGAAUCAACGCACAUGCUGAAUUUCCUACGCGAGCACCUCCACGCGGCUGACGACCUCACCGUGCGCUGGAAAUGGACGCCCGGGGCCGUGGCGUUCUGGGAUAAUCGCGUCGUCGCCCACCGCGCGAUCCCCGGCGGCUAUGAUCCGAGUACACGCGAGGGGAAACGGACGGCGGUCUUUGGCGAGAAGCCAGUGCCGGUAAUAGAGGGCGACGGGAGCGAGACUCUUAGCCAGCGGAUUUGGAGGUUGGGUGGGGAGGAGGCGAGUUUUGAGGAGACCAAGCUGUAUUUUAAUAGUCCGUUGGUGUGA